AAGAAGUAAACAUCUGAAGCUCGAUGGUGAGACCCGGAUUGUGUCUGUUGAUCUGUGUUAUUGUUUCUGUUACCUGUUGUCUUUGGCUUGAGAGCGUUAAUGGCGUAUACGUAAAGUACGGGACAGAAGCUAGAGUCGUGCCUGACAAACUUAACGUGCAUCUAGUCCCGCAUUCUCAUGACGAUGUCGGGUGGUUAAAAACCGUUGAUCAGUACUACAUCGGAUCAAACAACAGUAUCCAGAAAGCAUGCGUGAGAAACGUGAUGGACUCAGUGAUGGAUUCGCUGCGUCGCGAUCCCAAUCGAAAGUUUGUGUUUGCGGAAAUGGCAUUCUUUACGCGUUGGUGGGGAGAACAAAACUCCGAGACACACGAACAAGUGAAGAAGCUUGUGCAUUCCGGACAACUUGAGUUUGUAAACGGAGGAUGGAGUAUGAACGACGAAGCAGCGUGCCAUUACAUAGAUAUGAUAGACCAGAUGACGUUGGGGCAUCGGUUUAUAAUGCAGACAUUCAAUAUCACUCCACGCGCAGCUUGGCAGAUCGAUCCCUUUGGUCAUUCCUCUGUGCAGGCUUACCUCCUGGGAGCAGAGCUAGGUUUUGAUUCUCUUCAUUUCGCGAGAAUCGAUUACCAAGACAGAGAGAAGCGCAAGGACGAGAAAUCCUUAGAAUUCAUCUGGAGGGGAUCCGAAACUUUUGCAUCUUCUUCUCAGAUAUUCACCAAUACCUUCCCUGUUCACUAUAGCCCGCCCACUGGCUUUCACUACGAAAUCACCGAUGAUUACGCUCCCCUCCAGGAUGAUCCUCUUUUGGAUGCCUUCAACAUCAAGGAGGCCGUUGACAAUUUCGUCCAUGCUUCACGCUUUUAUGCCAAUGUGACUCGAGGGAACCAUGUGAUGUGGACAAUGGGUGAUGAUUUUCAGUACCAGUUCGCCGAGUCUUGGUUCAGACAGAUGGACAGAUUGAUCCAUUAUGUUAACAAGGAUGGCCGUGUGAACGCCGUCUACUCCACACCAUCUCUCUAUGUUGAUGCCAAGAAUGCUGACAACAACAUCACUUGGCCUCUCAAGACACAUGACUUUUUCCCAUAUGCAGAUCGGGAUAACGCCUACUGGACUGGCUACUUCACCAGCCGCCCUUCUUUUAAACGUUAUGUUCGCUCUCUUAGCGGAUACUACUUGGCUGCAAGGCAACUUGAGUUUCUGGUGGGAAAGAAAUCUGGAGGUCCAAACACUUCCAGCCUUGGGGAUGCUUUAGGAAUAGCGCAGCACCAUGAUGGUGUCUCUGGAACUGCCAAGCAGCAUGUGACAAAUGAUUAUGCCAAAAGACUAUCGCUUGGUGCUUCUGAGGCAGAAAAAGUGGUGAAUUCCGCGCUGGCAAACUUAUUGAACAAGGCACAUACAAAGCCUGACAUAUCAUUAACCCAGUGCUCGUCGAUGAAUAUCAGCUAUUGCCCAGUGACGGAAGAAACCAUUUCAGACCAGAAGAGCUUGAUUCUGGUGGCCUAUAACUCCCUUGCAUGGAAUCGUACAGAAGUCAUCAGGAUUCCGGUCAAUGAUGCAGGUUUAAACGUGGAAGAUUCAUCAGGAAACACCCUUGAUGCUCAAUACAUUCCUAUGGAUAAUGUCACGAGCAACCUGAGAAGUAACUACUCGAAAGCUUAUUUAGGAAUAUCUUCUCAACAGAGUCCAAAGUAUUGGCUUGUGUUUAAAGCAACAGUGCCUCCACUUGGUUGGAACACAUUCUUCAUAUCUAAAGCAACCGGGGCAGGAAGCAACAAAAACAGACACUCGCCAGGGACAUUUAGUCCAAUGAAGGGUAUAACUGAGAUUGGUCCAGGAAAUCUAAAGCUCGUGUUUUCUCCAGACUCUGGUCUUCUCAAACAGAUGCACAACUCCAGAACAGGAGCUAACAUACUGGUGGACCAGAACUAUCUCUGGUAUGCUUCAAAUGUGGGGGACUCAAAUAAUUCCCAGGUUUCCGGUGCAUAUAUUUUCCGACCUAAUGCUUCCUUGGCGUAUGCUGCUUCAUCGAAACCAGAGUUGCAGAUUGUACGUGGGCCUCUAGUAGAUGAGGUGCACCAACAGUUCAGUCCUUGGGUGUCACAGGUGAUAAGAGUGUACAAAGACAAAGAGCAUGCAGAGUUUGAGUACACUAUAGGUCCAAUACCUGUUGGUAGAGAUUACGUAGGAAAAGAGGUGAUUACACGGAUGGUAGCAAAUAUGAGUACAGAAAAGACGUUUUAUACUGACUCUAACGGAAGAGACUUCCUGAAACGGGUCAGGGAUAACAGAACAGACUGGGUUCUCAAAGUGAAGGAACCAAUAGCAGGAAACUACUAUCCGCUUAAUCUGGGAAUGUACACAAAAGACAAGAAAGUAGAGUUGUCGGUGUUGGUAGACAGGGCUACUGGGGGUGGUAGUAUCAAGGACGGUGAACUAGAGUUGAUGCUCCACAGGCGUACGUGCAUGGAUGAUUCGAGAGGAGUGGAGGAAAGCCUUGAGGAGACUGUGUGUAUCAAUGGUACAUGCACAGGAUUAACGGUACGUGGGAGUUACUAUGUAAGCAUAAAUAAGGUAGGAGGAGAAGGAGCGAGGUGGAGACGAGGGACAGGCCAGGAAAUAUACAGUCCUCUUCUAAUGGCAUUCACACACGAAAACAAGGAGAAAUGGAAAGGCUCCAAUUCUGUGAAAGGUAAUGCAAUGGAUCCUCUCUACGCCUUCCCUCCAAACGUUGCUCUCAUCACUCUCCAGGAGCUGGAUCUCGGCAACGUUCUUCUCCGCCUGGCUCAUCUCUACGAGGCUGGAGAAGAGAGUGAGUACUCGAAAGUCGCUAAAGUUGAGCUGAAGAAGUUGUUUACCGGGAAAACUAUCAAAGGAGUGAAAGAAAUGAGUUUGGCAGCGACUCAAGAGAAGGCUAAGAUGAAGGAGAAGAUGAAGUGGAAAGUGGAAGGUGAAGAAGCCAAAUCUUCAUCUCAUACUCAAAAAGGAGGACCACUUGACAGCUCCGCAUUAGUUGUAGAGCUUGCUCCCAUGGAGAUUCGUACUUUCUUGCUCCAGUUCUCCCAGAAGCCUGCAAAACAACAACAACAACAACCAAGGAGAAGAAAGUUUAUUCUGGGAUUUUGAUUUCUCCCAUUCUUGUAAAUCUUAUAUUCUCUUUAUAUCCAAUAAUUAUAUUUCUUGUCAUUAAAAGUCAUAUCGAGAACCGUUUGGUUGGUUGAUAAAACAGAGAGAGAGAGAGAGUUUUGAAACGCGCGGGAAGGUUCGUUCAUUAUUCUACUCCCAAAUAUGCCUAUUGUUUUGGGCUGUUGAAGCUCAGUUUAGGCCCAUUAUGCAGAAUAAGUGCGUGGGCUCUCUCUCACUUUUUUUUUUCUCUGUUUCUUUGGCUUCUCGCUCAAGUUCAAACGAAAGCAAAUCAUCGGAGAAGAAGAGAGAGAUAGCUAGAUUUUGGAGCUGUUCGGUGUUGUUCCCCUGAGGACAUGUUUCAGACCUUGAAAUUUAAACUCCAUUCGUAGGUGCAGAAAAUUUCAUAAGAUAGAUCCCAAAGUGGAGAGUCAUUCCACGCCCAGUACUAGAUCAUUACAGCCCAAUGGUAGUGUUCUUAUUUCGGUUUUGAAUUCGUAACAAUGCAUCCUCCACGCGAAAUUACUGCAUUUGUAUUGAGUAAUCAAGUCGCCACCUGCUGCAACAACUGACACUGGUUUGAUUGGGGUCAGAGAGCAACCCAAUCCUUUAGCGCUUUGUAGAUCGAGAAAGUUAUUUGUGCUCUCGGGGUCGAUUAAUAUGUGCAGUUUUCGCUUUCCGUAUUGACCCAUUAAACACACUGUUAAAUGCCGGGGAGCCAUUUAAAGCAUGUAUAAAGAUAGUAGGGACCUUGACAUCUUGAUGGUUGAUGGUUGUUUCUCGUAUUUGUUCUUUCAGCGCGAUUACUUCAUCAAACUCUGUCGGACAACUUGUCAUAUUUUUUGAUUUUUUUUUUAAAUCUCUGAAUUAAACUCUACGAAAAUAUUGAAUUUUUCAGUAAAUAAUCUAAAUACUGAAGUUUAUACUCUUUAGUUCUGUUUGUAAAAUUGUAA